CAAUAAUCCGAUAGUUGUAGCGCGCUUGUGAAUUUGAGUUCUCAGCGUGUAUUAAUUGUUAGGUUACUUAGAAUAGCGAUUUCUUGGAUAAAGAAGCUUUGUCGUCUGCUAGGUUUACUUGUUUUGAAUAAUUUCUAUUCCGUUAGUGCAUUUUAUCGACUAUAAAGAGGGAACUGUUAUGUCAAGUAAAAGGAAGGCCGCUUCAAAAGAUGAAUCAACCGACUCCUCUCUCUCAGAUCUUGAAGAGCCUGUUGAAGCCAAAAAGCCUAACAAAACGGGUGGUUCUGCGAAAUCUUCACGAACGAUUGCAUCAGGAGGAGAGCGUUUGACUGAUUUAACAGGGAAGAAGUUCGCGUGCGUUAGAGAAUUCAGAGGCAAAGUAUUCGUUGACAUAAGAGAAUACUAUGAAGACAAAUCCAGUGGGGAGUUGAAGCCCGGGAAAAAGGGGAUUUCACUAAACUGUGAACAGUGGGAGUAUUUGAAGAGUUCCAUUGCUGAAAUAGAUGAUGAUGUGAGAAAUCUACGAAGAUAGCUCAUUAUUAUUGCGGAACACUUUUUUUGCUGUCCAGCAAAGAUAUUUUCGUUAUUUUCAGUAUCAGUGAAAUUAAGAACUGCUCUGUAAAAGUUUGUUGCAAUUUAUUCCCAGUUUCAUAAACAUAAAAAUUGCAAAUCACA